UGGGAAAAAGAUGGUGGAGUGAACUGACACUGUACAACGGAUCUACAGUUGUGUUUCCUAUGUACUGGAAUGAGCAUAAUAGGACCAAGUCAUGUUUCGCUGUGGCUGCUAUAGGCUUACAUUCUUCUAACAGUAUGAGGCCCGCAGAUUAACGCCGGACAAACAUAAUCUAGUUUUUACAAAAACAAAAGCCUGCAAGCCAAAAAGUUAGAGAGUUCUCAUUGCAACAGCAUUCCACAAUAGAUCAUUGUGAACAGAACAAUCUAAUUAAUUAAUGUGAAAAUUAGGGCCAUGUGGCAUCCCUGGUAAAUUAAAUGCCCCUUUCUCAGUAUCCGAUUGCACUAUGUUGACCAUUCACGCUGCUCAUUAUUCUUAUUUUUAUAUAUAUUUUAUAUUUAAAUUGUUGUAUUCUUAGAUUGUUUAGUUCUUAGAAAUAGUUAAACUUUUGUACUUUUACUUAAUAUAAGAUCUGUAUAUGUUUAGUGUUUUGCACCUCCCUGCCACAGUAAAUUCCGUGUUUGUAUAACAUACAUGGCGAAUAAACCGAAUUCUGAUUCUUAGUCUUGCAAAAAAAAACCUUUGGCGGUUCAAUUGUUAUGAGGUCAAUUAAAUAUGAAUUUAGUUGUUAAAAUAACUUAACUGACUUGAUUGUGUAAAGGUGGCAGUUGGUUACCUUCAGAGUGGCAUAUGAAUACUGUCAAUAUCCACCCCCCUCCUGUUAACUCCCCCUCGGGGCCCUUAAGCCGAAAGAAGGAAUGAGGAUUCAAUCGGUGAGGGAGGGCUUUUGUUGGACCACUUUAGGGUUGCCUAGCAGGACACAAGGAAUUCCACUGGCUUUUCAACGUGGACCAUUGUGGACCUAAAAAAUAAAGUCUAACGAUGGAAAACAACUUUCUGAAAUGGAUCCUAACAUUUUGCAUGUUCUAUGCGGUGUCUGGUGAGGGGUGCUCUCUGGAGAUAAAGCCAUCAAGGGUGGUGGUGAGGUUUGGAGAGCCUGUAUCAGUAACCUGUGAAGCCUCUCGUCCAGUACGUGUUCUGGGCUGGGAGUCAGCUAUCGGUGCAGCACAUACCCAGCAAGACCUUGCUGUCCAUUGGCGGGUAGACAGUCUGAUUGAUUGGAUUGAAGAACCGAUUUGCUAUGGAGUCUUCUUCACUGCUCCCAGACAGUGUGAGGAAAAGCUCAACCUCAUCCUCUACAAGACCCCAGACAGUGUCUCCAUCAGCUCUGUGAACCACACUGGGCCUAUGUUAGAGGGGAAAGAGUACCAGCUGCUCUGCGAAGUCCAGAACAUUGCUCCUGUUCAGUACCUCACCCUACGGUGGUACAGAGGGCAGACUGAAGUUUAUACCCACUCAUUUUCGGACCUCACUCCUACCUCACCUGUUCAAGUAUCAUCUAUUCUCUUGGUUACACCCAGUGUAAUUGAUGAUGGAACUCAGUACAGGUGUGUGGCAGAACUGGACCUGGGACCAGAGGGGCCACAAACUCCCCCGACUGUGACAUCAGAACCUCUCAACUUGUCUGUGCUUUACACCCCAGCCUUCAUCAGUCCCAAGCCUGAGACCUUUGUCCUUGGAGAGGGCAAUGAGGUCACUUUUAACUGCACUGCCACAGGAAACCCUGCCCCUGUGUACAGCUGGCAGACCUCACAACCCCAGGAAAAUAUGGGGGAUCAACCUCUUUUUACCUCCUCCUCAGUACUCCCAGGGACCUACACUUGCACUGCCUCUAAUAAACUGGGCAAGAGGAGUAAGCAGUUCAUCGUGACGACAAAGUCUAAUGGUAUUUAAUGCAAGUGAUCUCUGAAGGGUGCAAAAACACAGAUUGACGGCAUCAUCAAUCUGUGAAAACGUCCAUCUGCCAGAGCAUCUCAUGGAGACAGAGAUCAACUUCACAUUUAAAGGGCUCAUUCAAUAGUUUGUCGUAAUGUAUGAUAGUUGAAUAUUGCUGUUAUUACAAUGUUAUAUGUAGUGUGUGGUCCCUCUCACCUCAGUGUUCGACUCAAGUAGUAGUGCAUAGUCAUUUUAGGCACUUGUCAAAUAAUAUCAUAACCUAUUUUGCUUACUGAAUAAUACUAAUAAAAAUGGCGGCUAUAAUUAUUUCUUGUUACACUGUAAUGACCAAUUCAACUCUUGAUUUGAACAGAAAUUUCCCUGUUGCUAUCUGGUAAAUAUGGCACGUCGAGAGUGUCAGGAGACGGAUUUUACUUUCCUUUGGCAUCUUUUAUUCUGACCAAUGUUUACUGCGUGUAAUGCAACUUUAAGUUGAAUGCGAUAAGCCAAUCAAAUUAAAAGAAGAAGAAACGUCGA